UAGAGGCGGAAGUGGCGGCACCAGAGGCGGAAGUGAGGAGAUAACUAGAGGCGGAAGUGGCGGCACCAGAGGCGGAAGUGAGGAGCGGACUAGAGGCGGAAGUGGCGGUACCAGAGGCGGAAGUGAGGAGCGGACUAGAGGCGGAAGUGGCGGCACCAGAGGCGGAAGUGAGGAGCGGACUAGAGGCGGAAGUGGCGGCACCAGAGGCGGAAGUGAGGAGCGGACUAGAGGCGGAAGUGGGCGGGGUCCAGCGCCUUGCGGAGCGGGAUGGAGGCGGCCGGGCCGGCUCUGAGCGCGGAGACCCUCCGGGGGCGGCUGCUGCGGGGGCUGGAGGCGGAGCACGUGGAAGUCGAGGACACGACCCCGAGCCGCUGCUCCACCAGCUUCAAGGUUCUGGUCGUCUCGUCCCGGUUCCGGGGGAAGCCCCUGCUCCAGCGACACCGGCUGGUGAACGAGCUGCUGGCGGAGGAGCUGAAGCACAUUCACGCCUUCGAGCAGCGCACGCUGACCCCCGAGCAGUGGGAGAAGGAGCGGGGGGGGCUGCAGUGAGCCCCCCCCCGGCCCCGGAGCAAGACGGAGCUGGGACCCCGCGCCCCACGGAGCUGAGAGAUCGGCUGCAAUAAAGGAUUAUGGGCAACAAA